CGCACGCGCCGUGUCGCUGGUGCUUAGCCGAGGCGGUUGCGCACUUUCCGUUCGUUUCCCGGCUCGGGGCUGCGAGGCCGCCGCGGGAGCCGGAACGGGGCCAUGCACCGACAGAGCUUCCGCCCCCCCACGCCUCCGUACCCGGGCGGGGGGCCCUGGGGCGGCGGGUUUCGGAGCCCUCCCUCCGGCGGGGGCCCUGUGCCGCCUUCCCCGCGGGGCUACGGGAGCCCCCACCACACGCCGCCCUACGGCCACCGGCCCUACUCGCCCCGAGGCCACGGCUUCCACGGUGGCGGCGGCGGGCGGUUCGGGAGCCCGUCCCCGGGGGGUCAGAGCCCGCGCAGGCCGCACAGUGCCAGCCCCAGGUACUCGGCUCCCUACGGCAACGUGUCCCCGGCCGCGGCCCAGCAGCGUCCGCCGCAGCAAUACAAGUCCUCGCCGCGGGGCUCCCAGAGAUACUACCAGGGAUCACCCAGGACAUCUACUCCAUUUGGUACAGCGCGUGGCAGAGGGAAAAGAGUGUCUAAUGAUGUGGAAAACUAUUACAGACCUUCAAUGCUUGAGGACCCAUGGGCUGGCCUAGAGCCAGUUUCUGUUACAGACAUAAACCAACAAUACAGCAGUGAGCAAACAACAUAUACUGGUAAAAAAGGGAGGUAUUUCAGUUAACGUUUCUAAAAGCCAAAUAACUCCAUCUGUCAGGAAAACUUUGGGACAAAAUCUUUACACCUACACAAAAUGAACCGUAAUCAAGAUCCUAGCUAAUGCUUUUAUUUGAACAAAUGUCCACCUUUUUAUCUGACUUCUUUUUACUGCAUUGGAUAUUUUUAUGUAUGGGGGAGGGGAAAAUAGUGGUGGAUAAUACACAUUUCUGGCUACAUGGAAGUGCCUACCAGCUUUGAAGAACAAAGUGUUCUUUAAUCACCAGCGAUUGAUUUGUGUCUGUUAAAACAGGUUUCCCUAUAUUUACCUCUUCCAUGCCAGAUUGUUAACCUAACUUUUAUUGUUAACUCCUUUAGGAAGUGGUAUUUUUUUAUGUUUCAACGUUUUUAGAAUGAAAUGUGGAAAUACAAAAAAACAAAAAUCUUUGUAAAUCCUUGGUUUGUAAUGUAAAAAAAAAUAUUUUAGGACUUUUUUGUUACGGUGUACUUGGCAAAGAAGUAAUUAGUGAAAUUAGUUAUAUUCUGUAAAUAUAAUGCUUGUAUUCUGUGGUUAAAUUUUGAUUUCGUGCACAAUUUUUUGUUAAUUCUAGUGUAAAAUAAGUGAAACAUGAGUUUUAGCCAUCUCAGGAAACCAGUGUAUUGUAUUUGGAAAGUUUAAUUUGUUAAACCAGCUCUUGAAUGAUAAAUGUCUGUAAUCAUG